CAUUCAUUCAUCUGGUUCUGGAAUUUAUGUAAAAAUGAUAAUCGAAACUAAUACAUCAAUGAACAAUAAAAGUAGAUCAAUGAAACGUAGACGUCGUCCACGUGAUAGUUAUUUUUUACAGCAAACAUUUCGUACACAUUAUCCAAGAAUGACUGUCGGUUCAUGGAUACCGAUAUUUAAAUUAUUGUCCAUAAUUUACCUGCUAAUGGGUUUGGUUUGUUUUUAUUUAAAUUUUUCGGUUGUCGAAUAUAAAUUUGAAUAUACAGAAUGUCUUCGUGAAUUUGAUAUCAAUUCAUCCCAACAAAUGGAUAUUGUACAUUGUAAAGAUGUGAUUGAUAAAAAUCCUGGUUCUAUUUGUCGUUGUCAAAUUCCAGUAUAUAUGGAACAAAUACCGAAAAAUGUUUACAUCUAUUAUGGAAUGGAAUUUUAUUAUCAAAAUUAUUUGCCAUAUGUUAGUUCGAUUGACAGUUUUCAAUUAAGUGGCCAACAAUUAACAAGUGAUGAUUGUCCAAUCAUUAAUAAUCAUACGCUGCCAAUUGUUCCUUGUGGUAUGGCUGCCAACAGUAUGUUUAAUGAUACGUUUGAAUUAAAAAAAAGAAUCCUUGCUCGUGAUCAAUAUGGAAUUACUAAACGUUAUCUGUAUCCAAUUUCAAUCAUACGAAAAAAUAUUAGCUGGAGAUUUCCGGAACGAUAUCAAAAUCCAUCUGUACCAUUGAAUGAAACAUUAGAAUAUGCAUUUCGUGGCACAAUGAAACCAAAAAAUUGGCCACUACCAAUCUAUGAAUUGGAUAUUGGUGAUCCGAAUAAUAAUGGUUUUGAAAAUGAAGCAUUCAUUAAUUGGAUGCAAAUAUCACCAUUUUCAUCAUUUCGUAAAGCUUAUGGCCAUAUUGAUCAUCAUCGUAUGAAUAGUUCAUUCAUAUCGAAUGGUUUACAAGCUGGUCAAUAUAUUUUACAGAUAAAUUAUUCAUAUCCGGUUCACCGUUUCAAUGGGAAAAAAUUCAUAAUCAUUUCGAAUACAUCACCAAUGGGUGGAAAAAAUUAUGUUCUAAGCUACAUAUUUCUCAUAACAUCUUUAUUCACGGCAAUAAUUACCAUUAUAUUCUAUUAUCUUGAUAAACGAUAUGGCCAAGUUUCAACACAGGUUUAUGAUUAUCUUUAUCAAAAUUAUGAAACAGAUGAUCGAAAUACUGGCUAUAGAUAUUCACGUUUGAAUUGAAUGAUAAAAUGUCAAUUCAUUUUAACUACAACUAAAACUGAUGUAAUAUUGAUGCAAAUAUAUUUUUGGUAAUAAUAAUAAUAAUAAAAAAAAAAUGAUCAUGAUCAUGACAUAAUUUACCUUUUUGUGACCACCCUCUCCUUCCUCGAAAAAAAUGGCAUUCACACAUGUUACUGUCGCGCGGUUAUAAGAAACAGAAAAAAAAUUGAUCCAUAAGACAUGAAGAGAAAAUGAAAAAAAAAUCAGCAUCAAAAUGAAAAGAAAAAUAUACCCCAUAAUGCUAAUUUAAUGAACAUAAUCCUACGUACACACACACACACACACACACACGGUUAGCCUAAAUAUAAAUACAAUGAAACGAUGAUGAUGAUGAUCAUCAUCAUCAUAAUGAAAAACACAUGAAUCAGAAAAAAAAGACAAGACAGAAAAACACACACACACAGAGAAAUCUAUCAACCAUAAUCAAGACUCACACACACACACACACAAUAUGUUUACUACUGGAUUUCCGUUUUUUUUUUUUGUUUUGUCCUCUAUUUUUUUCAUGAUCAAAAAAAAAAUAUUGGUCCAUUGAGGCCAAUAAAGAUUCUUAUUAUUUUUUUUUCUUCUAUCCAAGGAUAUUUUAAGAUUCAAACAAC